AUGGAGGGCUACGCCCUGCACAGAAGGGACCGAGUAGCUGCCACCGGCCCCAUGGACGGGGCGAACCAGACGCAGGUGACAGAGUUCGUCUUCCUGGGCUUCUCCCGCGUCCUGCAGGGCCAGGCCUUCCUCUUCCUGGCCUUCCUCGCCAUCUACCUCAUCACCCUGCUGGGGAACUGCCUGAUCCUCACCCUCAUCGUGCUGGAUCCCCAGCUGCACAGCCCCAUGUACUUCUUCCUCGGCCACCUCUCCUUCCUGGACAUGUGCUACUCCUCUGUCACGCUGCCCAAGAUCCUCGUCAACUUUGUACGCCAGCAAGAGACCAUCUCCUACCGGGAGUGCAUGGCACAGAUGUUCUUCCUCAUGAUCUGCGCGGGGACAGAGUGUGCACUGCUGACCGUCAUGGCCUUUGACCGGUACGUGGCCAUCUGCAAACCCCUGCACUACACUCGCAUAAUGAGUAAGAAGGUGCGUGUCCCACUGGCCACGGCCUGCUGGCUCUGGGGCAUCCUGGACUCGGCCAUCCACACCUUCCUGGCCACCGACGUCUCCUUCUGUGGAGCCAACCAGAUCCACCACAUCUUCUGCGACGUCCCUCCCCUGCUGAAGAUCGCCUGCAGCGACACCUACGUCAAUGAGAUCAUGCUGCAUUUGGCUAGUAUCUUUGUGGGCUUAAUCCCGUUUCUGCUCGUCCUCAUUUCCUACGUCUACAUCCUGCUGGCCAUCCUCCGCAUCCACUCCAACACGGGCAGACGCAAAGCCUUCUCCACCUGCACCUCCCACCUGGUCGUGGUCAUCAUCUACUUUGGGAUGGCCAUCCUGAACUACAACCGGCCCAGUGCUGGCUACUCCCUGGAGGUGGACACGCUGAUCUCCACUCUCUACUCCAUCGUCACCCCCAUGCUCAACCCCCUCAUCUACAGCCUCCGCAACCAGGACGUGAGGGGCGCCCUGAGGAGGGCUCUGGGGCACCAGAAGAAAGACUGUGUUUCUCCACAGAGCUUGUGA